CUCCCUCACGUGAAAAAAAGUGUUUUGUCGAUUUCUGACAUUCCACAGAAAGACCUACGCCAGUGACUAAAAAAGUAUGCAUCACAAUUUUGCAUCCGAUGGUUGUAUUUUUAUCCACAGAGAAUAAAUCACUCUUCAAUUCACUCAGGUCAGAAGGAGCUCAACAUUUUUCUCCACAAUGUACUUGGUUUCUAUCCUUUUUACCAGUCUGGCCCUGACACCGCUGUUACUUAAAGCAUUCUUCCCGUACUUCUGGAAAGAUGCCUUCUACCUCGCUGACUUGGUUCGCAUUUUGAUGAAGUUUGUUUUACGUAGAAGAAGGAAACCGUCAUUUAUGGUUUUGGACCGUUUUUUGGAGCAGUCCGUCGCCCAUCCCGACAGAUCGUUCAUCCUGUUCGACAAUAAAAACUAUUCGUAUCGAGACACGGACAAAAGGAGCAACAAAAUAGCCAAUGCUUUACGGAGACACUCCGAGCUGCGAGCGGGGGAUACCGUCGCUCUGUUUAUGGGAAACGAGCCUGCCUUCAUAUUUACCUGGCUGGCCCUGGCCAAACUGGGAUGUCCAGUUGCGUUUCUUAACCAUAACAUUAGAUCUAGAUCUCUGCUGCACUGUUUUAACUGUUGCAGCGCUAAGGUGCUCAUAGCAGCCGCAGAGCUCCAGGAGGCGGUGAUGGAGGUGCUCCCGUCGUUAAGGGAGCAGGGUGUGUGGGUGUGUCUGAUGGCAAAACGGUGUGACACACCCGGCAUGGAGGUCUUCUCCGACCAAGUGGAGGAAGCUCCGGACACGCCUCCCCCCCAGUCCCUUCGCUCAGGUGUCACCUUCAAAAGCCCAGCUGUGUACAUCUACACAUCCGGAACCACAGGUCUUCCUAAAGCCGCAGUGGUGAAUCAGAACCGCCUGCUGACUGCCCUGGCUGUGUUGGAUUCCACUGGCGUCACACCUGGUGAUGUCAUAUACCUCAACCUGCCUCUGUACCACACCGCCGGCUUCCUAAUCGGUCUUAUAGGCUCCAUCGAGACAGGGUCCACAAUUGUCCUGAGGAGGAAGUUCUCGGCCUCUCAGUUCUGGGACGACUGCAGGAAGUACAACGUGACUGUGAUCCAGUACAUAGGAGAGAUCAUGAGGUACCUCUGUAAUACGCCCAAGCGAGACAAUGACAGAGAUCAUUGUGUGAGGCUGGCCAUUGGGAACGGUGUGAGAGCCGAGAUAUGGAAGGAAUUUCUGGACCGAUUUGGGAACAUCCAAGUGAGAGAGUUUUAUGCUUCUACUGAGGGAAAUGUGGGAUUUGUCAACUACACCGGGAAAAUAGGAGCCAUCGGAAGAGUUAACUACCUACACCAGAAGCUGUUUCCCUAUGUUCUGAUUAAAUACAACACGGAGAGAGAUGAACCAAUCAGAGACACCAGUGGGCUGUGUGUUGAAGCUCCCAGAGGUGAGACGGGAUUGUUGGUGUCGAAGAUUACAGACAUCGCUCCUUUUGUCGGAUACGCGAAGAACAGCCAGCAAACAGAGAAGAAGAAACUGAGAGAUGUGCUUCAGAAAGGAGACCUGUACUUUAAUAGUGGAGACCUGCUGAAGAUCGACCACGAUAAUUUCAUUUAUUUUCAGGAUAGAGUCGGAGAUACCUUUAGGUGGAAAGGGGAGAACGUGGCCACAACAGAAGUAACAGACAUCCUCACCCUGAUAGACUUUGUCCAAGAGGCAAAUGUUUACGGCGUUCAAGUACCAGGGAACGAGGGGAGGAUAGGAAUGGCAGCCAUCACGGUGAAGGAGGGAAAACAGUUUGACGGCAACAAAACGUUUAGCCACGUAGCCAGCUACCUACCUGCCUACGCGCGGCCACAUUUUAUACGCAUCCAGAACGCGGUGGAGGUGACGGGCACCUUCAAGCAGAUGAAGGUGAAGUUGGUGGAGGAAGGUUUCGACCCGACCUGUGUCACGGACCCACUCUACAUCCUACAGGACGGACAGCAGAGCUACACACCGCUGACUGGCCCCGUCUACAGAUCCGUAGUGUCAGGCAGCUUCAAGCUGUGACCUGGCAGAUAUAUGGGUCCUGUAGUCCACAACACACACACACACACAGAGAAAUGAAAGAAGCAUUUUGUUGUAGUCCCACCGCAAUAAGCCCCCAAUAUCAUGAACAGACACCUAAUGUAUGUACAGCAACUCUGGUUCACAGGGGGCCUUCAGGAAAACUGAUCCUAGGUGAGCACUGUUCAUAGAGGCCGUGUUCAAACCAGCUGUCAAACUGUGAUAUUUAGAAUUUUGUGGGAAACACUUAAAACACACUACUCACGCGUACUUCAUAAUUUGUAGAUACUCUUUUAUUAAAAGGUAGGGUUUCCUGGGCAGGGGACUCCUGUGGGGGUGCCAGGGUGGGGAAGAGGGCUGACUGGGCUGAGGGGAUGCUGCCCUCCUUUGGGGGUGCCAGGUUGGGGAAGAGGGCUGACUGGGCUGAGGGGAUGCUGCCCUCCUUUGGGGGUGCCAGGUUGGGGAAGAGGGCUGACUGGGCUGAGGGGAUGCUGCCCUCCUUUGGGGGUGCCAGGUUGGGGAAGAGGGCUGACUGGGCUGAGGGGAUGCUGCCCUCCUUUGGGGGUGCCAGGUUGGGGAAGAGGGCUGACUGGGCUGAGGGGAUGCUGCCCUCCUUUGGGGGUGCCAGGUUGGGGAAGAGGGCUGACUGGGCUGAGGGGAUGCUGCCCUCCUUUGGGGGUGCCAGGUUGGGGAAGAGGGCUGACUGGGCUGAGGGGAUGCUGCCCUCCUUUGGGGGUGCCAGGUUGGGGAAGAGGGCUGACUGGGCUGAGGGGAUGCUGCCCUCCUUUGGGGGUGCCAGGUUGGGGAAGAGGGCUGACUGGGCUGAGGGGAUGCUGCCCUCCUUUGGGGGUGCCAGGUUGGGGAAGAGGGGGUGCCAGGUUGGGGAAGAGGGCUGACUGGGCUGAGGGGAUGCUGCCCUCCUUUGGGGGUGCCAGGUUGGGGAAGAGGGCUGACUGGGCUGAGGGGAUGCUUCCCUCCUCUGGGGUGGGAUGGCUAAGUUGUGACACACCACUCGCUUUGUUACAGCAGAUGUUGGAUGUCUUUUAAUGUGUGUAUGCGUCCUGGUUUUAGUGAAUUUGUGAGGACGCUAAUUCUCUGCAAUGACGGAGGUCCUCAUGACGAAACAUUUUGUUUUUGGAUGAGCAGUUUGGUUUUCUGGAAAGUUCCAAUUUUUGUUUAGGGUUAAAAUGCAGUCUAUUUGACUAACACAUUGUUGCACAUGUUUUUAUAGUCUCCAAUGCGCAAUGGUUUGUCUUGUGUUUUACUAUGUAUGCUGCUUUAUUGGCCAGGGUUUACUGUGGCUAAAUAAAGAAUAUUUAAUACCAUGAA